CAUAAUUUGACACCUGUUGCGCGUUUAGAUCAGUCGUGUGGCGGUGAAGGGAGAGGAUAUCUGGAGGAUUUAUUCGUUGUUGCGUCCAAGUCUUAUCAACAAGCGGAAUAACUUUUUGGUCGGAUUUCUAGUUUUUCUUAAAGCUUUGUUCUCUCUAAAGCCAAGAUGAAGAUUUUAGUCGCGUUGAUGGUUGCGGUGUUGGUGGAAGUGGUCGCUUCACAAUGCUCUUGUAACAACAUGAAAUGGGCCAAAUGCGAUGGAGAUCCAUGCAAGUGCUCCCUUCAGUUUUCUGGAGUCAGUCAAACGCUUGAUUGUUCAAAAUUAAUUCCCAAGUGCUACCUCAUGAAAGCAGAGAUGUAUCGCGCCAAAAACAACCUGUCCACAAGAUCAAUUGGUGGGAAGCCGGUAGAAACUGCCUUUGUUGACAACGAUGGCAUCUAUGACCCGGAGUGUGAGAGUAACGGCAAGUUCAAGGCUGUCCAGUGUAACGGCACUGACGUGUGCUGGUGCGUCAACAGUGCCGGUGUGCGCAGAAGUGACAAGGGAGACAAGAACAUCAAGUGUGAGCCUGUGGAGACCUACUGGGUUCGUCUGGAGCUGAAGCAUAAAGAUAUGCCCGCUUCUGAAGAUGCUGCUAAAUGGAAGACUGGAAUUGAGAAUGUUUUACUGGAACGUUACAAGUUGGAUAAGAAAUUUGUCGAUAACGUUCAGUAUGACAAAAGUGGCCGUCUCAUUGUUGUGGAUGUGAAAAAGGAUAAGGGAUUAAGUGAACCAGACCUGUCCCUCAUGACUUACUACAUGGAGAAGGAUGUCAAAGUUCUGCCCCUCUUUGUAAGCCCCCAACCAUUUGAAGUCAGUGUUGAGGGAAACAAGGUGUCCAUGGAGAACAUCCUGGUGUACUAUGUAGAUGAAAAGGCACCCACCUUCACCAUGCAGAGGCUGACUGGUGGCAUCAUUGCUGUCAUUGUGGUGGUCAGCUUGAUUGUGAUUGGUGGACUUCUGGUCAUUUUCUUCAUCGCACGGCGGCAGAAGGCCCAGUACAGCAAAGCACAGCCGAGAGAGAUGGAGACCAUGUCUUAAAGCCAUUAAUGUCUCGUGUACUAGGGGAAUCUGAUACUGGGAUGUGCCCCAUGUUGAAGCUUAAACCUGCUGUACAUUUUGCUUGGUUUUUUUUUUUUUUUUUUUUUUUUUUUUUUUCCCUUGAGUUUUUUAGAAAUCAAGUGUCUGUUACAUGCAGGAUACAGUUAAUUGUUACACUUUGCUAUUUAAUGAGGGCUCCCUUUUCAAUUGGAUCAAUGUUUUAACACUGUACAGUUUGUGUCUAAGUUUUUAAUAAAAUUUGUUUGUUUUUAAA